CAGCCAUAGAAAUGAUUUGGUUUGAAUUAACUCCACUAUUCCAUCAUCAGUUAUCUCAAAAACAUCAAAAAAACCUUAUGGUUUUAUAAUUAAACGGAGCAUCAUGAGAGGGAGAGCAUCAGUGAGAGAGCGAGGGCCGGAGAGGGCGAUUGUCAGCAGAGAACGAGGACAAUGGACAACACAGCGAUAUGAGAGGUUUCAAGGUGAAAGCAGGAACCAGCCAAGAGAGUACUAUGGGGGUUUUGAGAAAAAGAUAUACAACCAAGCAACUCCUUUCUUUUUCACAAAUUUCCCAGAUGAAUGGUCUUUCGAACAGAUGUGGAGAACUUUCAACAGAUUGGGAAAAGGCAGGGUUAUAGAAAUUGAAUGUCCCAAGAAGAGAGACCGCAUAAGGAAAAGAUUCGGUUUCGUCAAGUUCUUGGAGGUGAAAGACGCUGGAGAAUUGGAGAGAAAGCUAAAUCAAAUUCCAAUUGGUGGGUUUAAUCUUCAAGCUAACAAACCUCGUUUUGAGAAGUCAGGGUAUCAGAACCACCAACAAAGAAAUAUGGGAAAUAGGAUGCCAAAUGUGGCCACGCCUAAUGCAGGAGCUAAAAGGAAUCUGACUUAUGCAAAGAUAGUCAAAGGAAACAAUGUAGAUUAUCAAAGUAUGGGACUAAUAGAGGGACAGUACCAUGGUGCAAACAUCAAAGAGCAAAGCAAAAGGCUUAGAGCGAGUGAUCAAACGAGGUGGAGAUGGAAGCUAAAACAACAACCUCAAGCAUGGUCAGGAAUGGAGUUUAAUAUUUCUAAUAUCAACACCGAUGACAGAAUUCAUCUCAAAGUCUCUAACCAUAAAGAUAAAUGGGGUCCUGUACAAGAAUCCGAGCAAACUCAGGGUGAUGAAGAAGAUGACAUGGCAAUAGAACUACGUGUUCCGGAGACAGAACUAGAAGAUGAGGCAAAAGGAAUAGACACGAGGGCACACUUGUUAGUUGACAGCUCAGCAAAAAGGUCGGUGAAUCACCAAAAUAAACAAAAAGGUCUUGCUGAAAGGAUAGAAGAUGAGGCUUCAGUGACAGGGGGCCCAGAUGAAUGUUUUCAAAAGGCAAACAAGAUUACAACGGGUGGGUUGGAAGGUUCAACAAGAAAACAUUUAAUGAUUGCUGGGCUCGAGGAAGAGAGGAGCGGAAGGGGAGCAGAGAUGGAUGUCAGCGAGGAAAAAAUCGGGAACAAGGAGUUUUUCAAAAAGGGGGCAGAGGAGGAGGCUUCACAAGUAAACAGAUCAAAGUAUGCAACGGAUAAGACUACAGCCGCUGUUGAAGACAUGCAAAGGAAAGAGGGAGAAGAAAUUGAGAUGAUUGGGCCGACAAAGAAAAAGAAUGCGGAGAAUGGGAGAAACGGGCCUAAGGAUGAUGGGCCAAACAAUGAAGAAUUAAACUCAAUAUCUUUGGGUAAUUUUACUGGGCCAAGCAUUGAAGAACCAAACCCAACAUCUUUGAGAGCCUCGAGAGGAUUAAUUAUCAUCUGGAAUAGUGAUAUAAUUAAGAAGAUGGAUGUCUUUGAAGGGGAGGGGUUUAUAGGAAUCCACGGGUUAUGGGGCCCAAAUGAGUAUCCAUGUUUUUUGUGUAAUGUGUACUCUCCAUGUGACCUGAUAAAAAAGAAAAUUCUGUGGGAAGAUCUUGAACAGCUGAUAAGAAAUUACAUGGGGUGCUGGUGUUUAGAGGGUGAUUUUAAUGCUAUGAAAAGUUCUCAGGAAAGAAAGGGGGGUAAGAGCGUGAGGAGAGACAUAAAGGGUUUUGAAGAGUUUAUUGUGAAGAAUGGCUUGCUGGAUCUACCUUUGCUAGGAAGAAAGUAUACAUGGUACCAACCAAAUGGCCGAUGUAUGAGUCGCCUAGAUAGGUUCUUAUUCAAUGAUGAAUGGCUAUUGAAUUGGCCUGAUCUAAAACAGUGGGGACUUCAGAGAUCUCUGUCAGAUCAUUGUCUGAUAUUGGUAAAAAAUGAGGUAAGGAAUUGGGGACCAAAACCAUUCAAAUUCUUCAAUGCUUUGCUACAUACCCCGGGGUUCACAGAUAUGGUUAUAGCAAAAUGGAAGGAGUUAGAAAUUCAAGGCUGGGGAGGAUUCAUUUUAAAGGAGAAACUGAAGAUGACAAAGGAUUUUCUCCAAGUGUGGUCAAAGUCCAAUAUACAAGAAGUGGACAAAAAAAUUGAGCAGUCCAGGGAGGAGAUAAACAGAGUUGAUGGCAAAGGAGAAACAAGCAACUUGUCAAAUGAAGACAUUAUUUUCAGGAGCUCUCACUACACUAGAGGGAGAUGGCAUAGAAACAAAAUAAAUGUAAUUUCUCUAGAAGGCAAAGAGUUAAGACAAGUUGAAGACAUAAAGCAGGGUGUUAUGAAGUAUUUUGCAAAUGUAUUCAUUGAUGAGGGAUGGCAAAGACCGACUUUAGAAGGGCUGAGCUUCAAAUCUAUUUCAGAGGAGGACAGAGGCAUGCUCAUUGAACCUUUUAUAAAAGAAGAGAUAAAAGUUGCGGUAUGGAAUUGUGACAGCACCAAAGCACCAGGUCCGGAUGGUUUUACUUUUGGAUUUAUAAAAAAUGAAUGGGAGGUGAUAAAAGCAGAUAUCAUGAACUACGUCAGGGAUUUUCACACAAAUGGAAGGAUGGUAAGGGGUUUUAAUGCUUCUUUCCUGGUUUUGAUACUGAAGAGAGAGAAUCCUCAAGGCAUUAAAGAGUAUAGACCCAUUUCCUUAAUUGGCUACAUGUAUAAGAUUCUUGCCAAAGUGUUAGCAAACAGACUCAGCAGAGUAUUAAACACAAUUAUAGGGGAGAAUCAAUCUACUUUCAUCAAAGGAAGGCAAUUGGUCGACAGUGUUGUUGUUGCAAAUGAGGCAAUUGAUGAGGUGAGGAAGAGGAAAUCCCAGUGUUUUGUAUUCAAGAUUGAUUUCAAAAAGGCAUAUGAUAAGGUGAGCUGGUCUUUUUUGGACAACAUGAUGGAGAAAAUGGAUUUCGACAAAGUAUGGCGGGAGUGGAUUGCUGAAUGUUUAAGAUCAAAUACUGUGUCCGUGUUAGUUAACGGAAGUGCUACCAAAGAGUUCUCGAUGUCAAGAGGGCUUCAACAAGGAGAUCCACUAUCUCCAUUUCUGUUCUUAAUGGUGGCAAAAGCUCUAAAUGGACUAACUUCGGCAACAGUAGUAAAGGGUUAUCUUUGUGGAGUAAAAAUAGGAGAUGAAGAGUUAGAGAUCAGCCAUCUACAAUUUACAGAUGACACAAUCUUUAUGAGAGAGACAACCGAAGACAACAUAUGGAUGAUUAAAUGCAUCAUGAGGGCAUUUGAAUUGGUGUCAGGUCUGAAGCCUGCCAGUGUUCCUGAUGUCGUUAUACCUUCUCCCUAAACAUGUAAUUUGUGAGCUUGAUAAAAUUAGGAGAAAUUUCUUAUGGAGAGGAGUUGGGGAAGGUAGAAAGAUAGCUUGGGUAGCUUGGGAGAAGGUCUGUUGCGAAAAAAAAGAGUGAGGUUUAGGGGUAAAAAAUCUUAGAUGGUUCA